AUGGCUGAUAGUACUCCUAUUCCACCAUUUCGAGAAAUCCAUGAGCUCGUCCCAGAUGAGUCCGAUGGAGAAUCUAUUCCAGGCGCCCCCCUUCUUCAACCUACUUUAUGUGAGGUUGACGAAUUUCUAGCCGCGGAAUUGGACGCCACGCUGCUCAAUAAACUGGGUUCAUAUUUGGAUUUCGUUGCUACAAGAUCCGGCACGCAUAUAGACUCGCUGAGCAGCCAUAUCACCAAAGGUCGCAAGAUCAGAAUUACAGAGGAUCCAGGUCUUCACCUUAUUUGGUACUAUAAUAUCCUGUUCCUCAAGCCUAUCCCACAUUGUCUUCUUAAUUACGGCUUUUGGAGCAAAUACCUAUCACCAAGACAGCCGCCACCCAACGAUACGCUCUCAGACUCCUGCAGGUCCGCGCUAGGGUUUCUUCGUACCUACAGGUAUCUUAUAAAACAUGAUUCGGAUUUCACAACUGCCGUGGAGAAACACUUGAUCCCGACUGAUGUCAAGUUUAAAAGUUUUCAACUCUUCAUUGACAAUUUUCAACCCCUCGCCGACAGUGUAGUUGCUCCACGAUACCAUUACGGCCAGAUGCGCCUGAGUCGUUUGAACACUGCCGUCUGGUUGUUUCCUCCGCGUCAAUGGUACUAUCAUCGGCUUGAUUGGCAAAUGGGCCAAUACUUUGCUCGCUGGGCACCUCCGUUGCUUUUCAUUUGGGCAUCAACAAACUUGGUCUUGUCUUCUUUCUCACUUGUGCGUAGUAGUCGCGGCAAUGACACCUGGGCUUCAUUUAUUACCACAAGCUGGAUCUUCGCACUUGUGGUACUUUUCGCUAUCGGUUUCACGAUUGCUGCUCUAUUAAUAGUGAUAGCGUGGGUCUAUGGAAAGCAGCUCGCAUUUGCCAGUCAAACAGCCUGGAAGCACUACCGAGGUGUUAAGAGCCAGAAGGCGGCAGCAAAUGAUACAGCCUAA